AUGUGGGAUUCGGAGGCCGAGUCCGGGCGGGAUGUCUACGGCAACGGAGUCCUUUCCACCGCCAAACCCAGCGUCAGAACCGAUGGGUUCGAGCAACGAGGCCAGUCUUGGUACCUUGCAACAGAUGUCCCUAGUGAUCUAUUAAUCCAAAUUGGAGACAUCAGCUUCCAUUUACACAAGACUAUUAUUAGUAUUGGUGGACGCAUAAAUUUAUUUUGGUUGAAGCUAUAUAUUCUAAAUUUUGAAUUUCCUCUGUUUUGGUGUUAUAAUAAGGGCUUUUGCACAACGACUAAAUUAAGCCCCUCCUUGCUUCUAUGUGUGCAGUAUCCGCUCCUCUCGCGGAGCGGGAAAAUGAACAGAGUGAUAUACGAAUCGCCUCGCGAGACGGAGGGGAACCGAAUCAACCUAGAUGAUCUCCCGGGCGGCCCGGAGGCUUUCGAACUGGCUGCAAAGUUCUGUUACGGGAUCCCGGUCGAUCUAACCGCAGCGAACAUCUCCGGGCUGAGAUGCGCGGCGGAGUAUCUCGAGAUGACGGAGGAUUUGGAGGAAGGCAACCUGAUCUUCAAGACGGAAGCCUUCCUCAGCUACGUCGUCCUCUCUUCUUGGCGAGACUCCAUCCUAGUGCUCAAGAAUUCCGAGAAGCUCUCGCCGUGGGCGGAGAAUCUUCAGAUAGUCCGGAGGUGUAGCGAGUCGAUCGCUUGGAAGGCGUGCGCCAAUCCGAAGGGCAUCCGGUGGCAGUACACGGGGAAGCAGCAUCGCUCCUCCGUGUCAAGCCCCAAAUGGAAUGAAUUAAAGGACUCCAGCCCCAGCAGGGGGAGCCCUGUUCCCUCUGACUGGUGGUUUGAGGACGUGUCGAUCCUCCGGAUCGACCACUUCGUCCGCGUCGUCACCGCCAUCAAAGUCAAGGGGAUGCGCCACGAGCUGGUCGGGGCGACCAUCGUGCACUACGCCACGAAAUGGCUCCCUGGCUUCGCUCGUGACUCCCCCCUUGACGACGGGAGCAAUAGUACAUUCAGCAGUGAUAGUGGUGGUGGAGGCCAAACCCUUUCCAGCUCCUGGAAAGGGGGCCUCCACAUGAUCGUGGCCGGCGCGAAGGAUGACAGCGCGCCGGCCACGGUCCAGGCUAAGGACCACAGGAUGGUCGUGGAGAGCCUGAUCAGCAUCGUGCCACCGCAGAAGGACAGCGUGUCGUGCAGCUUCCUUCUGCGGCUGCUGCGGAUGGCGAACAUGCUGAAGGUGGCGCCGGCGCUGGUGACGGAGCUGGAGAAGCGCGUCGGGAUGCAGUUCGAGCAAGCGACGCUGGCGGAUCUUCUCAUACCGGCUUAUAACAAGAGUGAGACCAUGUAUGAUGUGGACUUGGUACAGAGGCUCCUGGAGCAUUUUCUAGUGCAGGAGCAGUCCGAGGGGUGCAGCCCCGGGCGGCAGUCGUUUUCCGACACGAAAAUGUACGAAGGGGCCGCGAGGGGUGCGAACCCGAAUGCGAAGAUGAGGGUGGCGCGGCUGGUAGACGGAUACCUCACGGAGGUGUCGAGGGAUCGGAACCUGUCGUUGACGAAAUUUCAAGUUUUGGCGGAGGCGUUGCCCGAAUCUGCCCGGAGCUGCGACGAUGGGUUGUACCGGGCCAUCGAUUCUUAUCUUAAGGCGCAUCCGACUCUAACGGAGCACGAGCGGAAGAGGUUGUGCCGCGUGAUGGACUGCCAAAAACUGUCGAUAGACGCGUGCAUGCACGCGGCCCAAAACGAGAGGCUCCCGCUUCGGGUGGUGGUGCAAGUGCUCUUCUCGGAGCAAGUGAAGACCAGCAACGCCAUCGCGGGGAGCAGCCUCAAAGAGGGAGGCGGCGAGUCCCACUAUCAGCCGCUUAUACCCAACCGGAAAACGCUGCUGGAGGGGACCCCGCAGUCGUUUCAAGAGGGUUGGGCCGCGGCGAAGAAGGACAUCAACACUCUCAAGUUCGAGCUCGACAGCUUCAAGGCGAAGUACUUGGAGCUCCAGAACGAUAUGGAGACGCUGCAGAAGCAGUUCGACAAGCUGACGAAGCCCAAGCAAGAGUCCCCGUGGACUGCUGGCUGGAAGAAGCUCAGCAAGCUUGCUAAGGCUCCUGAACAUAACGACAGCGGGCAGCAUCUGCCCGCCGCCGAUGUCCCAAGAAAGACAGCUCCUAGGAGAUGGAGGAAUUCUAUUUCAUGAACCAUAUAUCUAUCAAUUCAGCAUGUGCAUUUUCUGUUUUUUUUAUUUGCCUUUGAAUUUUGUUGAUAGAAUUAUCCAUUAGGGUCGAGAGAGUUGACCGAUCCCACUGUUGGCUUAUGAGGCCCAAAAAUUUCGUUAAAUUUGGU